CUCAUACUCUCCAGUUGGCAAUUGGAAAGGGACUAGCACCAGCAGAGGUUUUUGUUACACGUGCAAAAAGGCUAAUUCAGUUUUUUCAAUAUCAAAAACAGAUAGAACGACUAGAGGAGGUGCAAAAAAAACUUGAUGCUAUAAUUCAGCUUCAAAUGAAUUUAUAUACUUCACAGGAUCGGGAAAUAAAAAAAGAUGGGACAAAAUUAAAAAGGAUACUUCUCUCAGAUAAUGAAUGGGAACUAUUGGACCAACUUAUCGACUUGUUGAUGCCAUUCGAGGAGGCAACACGAGAGUUUUCAGGAAAUACGUACGUAACAUUAAGCAAGGUUAUUCCAACCAUUAAGGAAAUGAUUUUUGAUUUGGCGUGCGAAACUCCUCUAAAUAAUGAUCUAUUUUUGGACGAGGCUACCGUAUUUGGGUCAGAUAAUGAAGACAUGCAACCCAUUGAUCUUAAUGAUGACAACAUUAUAAGUAAUGUUACAAGAAAAAAAAUUUCAAUUAAAAAUCCAUUAGUUACGACAAGCAUUUUAGAACAAAUUAAAAAAAAUAUUUAUAAUGCACUUAUCAAUUAUUGGAACGACCCAAAUGAUCUUGGCUUGAUGGCAGCUUUACUCGAUCCACGUAAUAAAAGCUUAGAUUUUUUAGACAAUGAUUCCGAAAAGCAACUAACUAUUAAAAGACUUUAUGAUGAAUUUAAUGAAUUAGAAGAACCAACAUCUGAAAUACUAAUCCAUCCAACUCCACCUAAUACAGAAUCUUUAGUACGAUCUCACAAAGAGUAUCUUUAG